AUGGCACCGGCCAUAUUGCGCGCUUGUAUCAGUGUUGUACCCAAAACUAGGUCCAACUUCGACCACGGCCGGGACAUACCUAGCAGCCGGUACAUUCGCGGAGGACAAGGGCCUUAUGAAUACUGUGCACAGCGGGAUUACACCCGCUGGCAAUACGGCGGACCCAACGGGCGACAUGGGUAA